CCGACCAAUAAGUUCACCACCACUUUUCACAAAACACGCUCUUCUUCCUGCCCACCCCGGCCCCAAUGACCUCUUCGGCACCAGCGACGAACUCAUCGGUCAUGUCAGGUGGUCCACAGAUGUAACAUACCGUUCGACCGGGGUCCUUUGAGCUGUACCCAUCUGGAACGACGUCUCUUUUUCCACCAAAGACGUCAUGCAGAUCAGGCAUCUGGAUCCGACGGUUGUGCAAUGUGAAGUCUGUUGGGGGACUGUGGGGCAUUCCAUGGAGGUUGGUGAUAUAGAGAUGAAAGUGAAGGCGGAGGGAUGGCUCCUCUCGAUUGGUAUGAUGAUCUGGCCGUUGAGAAUCGAGAAUGCUCCGAAGCCGGGGGAAAAAGAGGAUUUGGUCCAGGUGUUUCGAGAUAUCUUCACCAGCCUUGGGGGUGGUGGGGAGUCUGGUCGAAUAAAGUAAAUGAAUGGCUGGUGAAUGUGGUAAGUGGGAGGGAUUUUUGAAGAUAUGUGAUAUCAUUGAAAUUAGCGGGCUAGACGGGGACGGUUAGCCAGAAGAUAUCAUGGAAUUUAUUGCCUGAGGUUCAAUUAACAUUCCCAUCAUCCCUCAGCAUGAGCUCUCCAACUCCGAUAUGUAUGAAUUGGUUGGAUAUGGCAGUUUGUGGUGAUUUUAAAGCCACCGGAAUUUAUACAUACUUAAUUCCCACUCCACCCGCAACAAACACCACUCUUCCAAUCGCUUCUAGCAGGACAUCAUGGGGUGGCCAGAUAAAGCUCCCGCCAACCCUUACUGCCAGCUCCUGUCCAAGAAUCUCAUCCCUGGGGCGCCAAAGCCAGGCUGCGGGCGGAUUAGAUGGUGAUUCUUGGACAGCAAGUUCUAUGUACGGUUCCGCUGUAGCUUCAUUGUUACUGCUAUCUCUUACCGGCGGUAAUGCAUCGCUUGGGGUGGAGGUUAUCGUGAAGCCACCGGCUUGUGGGACGGAGGGGACAUGGACGUCGAGCCAUUGGCCGGGGAGGAAGUGAAAUGGUCUUGAUUGGCCAUGAUUGGACUAUAUAUAAGGGGAAAUUGUGUCUCAUUUAAUAUAUAAUGGUGAUCAAGUUUCGCGGUUUUAAAACAAAUUUUUAUGCAGGAAACAUUAAACAGCGUUCAAUCAAACUGUGGGAAAUAUCGCAGUUGGUGGGUGUUGGGGGGGGUUUGAAGCAUACUUCAUAUUCAGUCGGAUUACGCCCUAUGGCCAACCGCAAAAGGCGGACAGUAGGAUUCGCCUGUGUUAUGCUUGAUAGACGGACUUUAUAGAGCAUGUUCUGGCGCGGCUCCUGCGCUGUACGCAGCUUGUGGGGAAGACCAGUGUUCAUGGUCCGAACUGCCCUAAUUUUCAGCCCGAAUCGUGAUACAUUCAUUGGGUUUGGGCGACUGCCUGGCCAAAUGUAAAGGGCAGAGUACUAUGAGAUAUUUCAAUCGUUUAUAUCAGUAUUGGGAUAUCGUUUGAUUCAAUGCAUACAUCGAGAGUUAACUUGAUUGCUCAUUGUCCGAAGAAGUCACGUGUUUGUGCUUGAGAGAUGUGUUCAUGAUGGUUGUUGAUUUAUGUAUCUUCUAUGAUAGUUAGUUAUCCUGUGUAAAUGUUUUGAUCGCCUGCAAGCUACGUUCUGGAUGUUUUCCUGAUUUGAUAGGUUGAAACCUCCUAUGGUUGCGCAUUUUCAAAUGCCAUAUUCCGCACAGGCAUUGCACAGAAUAGGAUAUGUGUCUGCUCAAAAUAUCCACAGCAGGAUAUCCAGAUUAUCCGUGAGGGGAUAUUCCACUGCUAUUUGAACUACCGGAAUCGAUCGAAGCGCCAGCAACCCCAACCGUACAGUAUGUACGGAGUAUGUCAGAUAACUACUAGCUUAGCACACAAAGAACAAAGAACAACAAUGAGAACAAACACUCCAGCAUCCGGGCCCAAGCUCCCGCCCUCAAGUAUGCGCCGUCGCCGGUUGCGAUUUUGUGAUGAGAGAUUGAACAACCGGGGUACAUUCAUGCAUGAUUCAAGCAACUGGUUCUUCUUCAUUGAAGCCCAUUUCCACAACUGAUCAAUCACACGCUGUCUUCCCUGAAUUGCGCUGCAAUGGGCGCUGGACACCACUGGGUAGCGUGUGAUGGCAUGCAGCAAGAUCCCCGUCUGAGAUCUGUCAUUGGCCACCGGCUUGAAUCGUCACACCCAGCGCUAGGCUGAGCGCCGGCUCUCCUUCGCUGCAAGGCCUGGACACGGUGGUGGGUGGGUGCAUCUCUCCCACCCACUCAUGGGGCCCAGCGGCAGCUUGUCGCUCAGCACCAGUCUGACAAUCCGGCCUCCCUGGCCUUCCUACCAUGGCCUGCAGGGUUGAUCGGAUGCACUUUUGUGGUGCCCUGGGUGGUGGGGAGUCCAUCAUUCGUCCGUUCUGUCCCCUCAUACAGCGAGUUUGCCUUGGCGAGCAACAUGACCCCGGCAGGCAUCUCCCAACUGCGGGCGAGGGAUUGGAGCGAGUAGCUCUGCAUGCCCGCCGAAGUUGAAGAAGUACCUAAAUACACAUAUGCGCUCAACUCUUUUCACUGGCAUUCUUCCUGUCCCACCCUACCAUCCUCUCUUCCAUCUUCUCUUCUCCCUCCUCUUUCUUCGACCUGUUGCUCAGCCUGUCCGUGCAUCAACACUGGCGACAACAAUAAUUGAGAUGACCCUCCUGCCAGCAGGCCUGGCCUGAAGAGAACAGAUAACUACUCGUCUCUCAUACUCUACGCUGCAUCCAUACUAAACAGUUAAUAGCGGGUUGGUUUCGAUCCAUCCUAAUAUCUGGCAUUUGCUUUGGGCCCUAUCUUCUUAGACCCUCGCCCAAUCGCCGCCCCAAUACUCCAUCCAUCUAUCCCCCGAUUCUCCAUACACGAGAGACACAAUGUUGUGGUAUCUGCCCCGGAAAUAUCGGCCGCCCAUCCUAUUCAAGAUCUUGCUCGGCAUCGAACUUCCCAUAACCAUUGCAGUCCUCACCCUGUUCGGCAUCGCAUCACCAGAUCUAUAUCGAACGAAACUGUGGGAAGAUGGAGCUAAGAAUGGCUUCAAUAGCGGCCCAGAGGACAUGAUUUACGCCUUUGCAAACUACCGCCCAUAUUCUACACCCAAGCCUUGGAGUCAAUUCAUUACGCACUUCAACCUUGUCAUAUCGGUGUUGAGUAUGUUUUUCAUGCUCGUCAAAGCACCUAUGUUCAUCUUGAAUGUCUUCUACCCGCCAUUCUCUGUGAUUGUGCAUACAACAUUGACCGCGCUUUACGCGGUUUCAAUUGCAUACCAAGCUUCCCCUGACAUGACCGAUCCGGAACGCCCGCAACCAGGCGCACCUUGGUAUCUCACCAAAAACUGCAACGUCGCUAAAAGCCCGUCCAAUGUUGGCUAUUGCCAGCAAGCAAAAGGGUCAUUUGCUUGCACUGUGUUGAUGUUCGCACUCUUCCUCGUCCACACCGUCUACGCUGUCUACUCCUGUCUCCCCACCGAGGAAAUCCACGAAAAGCAAAGACAACGCCUGGAACGGCGCAGGGAACUCGAAGACCUAAAGAGUCUCAAGUCGCCCAUCUACCCCAUGCACGCACCCAUGACUCCCGGCGGCACUGCUUUCCCCCCAAUGACACCGCGCACCCAAGCUUUCAACCGUCUAGGCGGAACCACAGACCUGCCUCUGCGAAACCAUUUCCUGCCCCCCGACAUGCCGAACGGUGGCCACGCGAAGAAUUUCAGCAUGCCGUCGCCCCCACAUAGUCCCACGCCGCCGCAGAUGAGCGGAUCGACAACAAAUGGCACGCCCCCGCCAAAUGGAAGUGCAAGUGCAGAAGGCCAGAGCCAGGCGACGGUGUAUUUCCCCCCGCCGCCAAAGAAGGCGAGUAAAUGAGGGGAGGAUGGGGGUCAAAAGUGUACUUGUUUUCGAGAGAGGAAAUUUGGAAUGGGAUACGGGGGCUAGGCUAGGUCGGAAGAUCAUUGCGCUGGAAUAUAAAAUAAGCCUCUAGGAUUUGUUCGUUGGAUCUCCAGACUGUCUGUCCCUCUUUGUCUUGGUACUGUAUGAGAAAGGAGGUUUUUGAGCGGCGUGAUAUAUAUAUCCUUUCCCCUUGGAAGUUUCCUUUCAUUCUACCUUAUUCUACUAGGCGAUUUUUUCAGGUCUUAUUUUAUCUACAUAGUAAUUACUCAACUUUAUCCUUGGUACGUUGUUUUUGAAACUAUAUAUUUAGUACCACACAAUAUGUCUGGCUACGUAGGUAGAUAAAAUAAAUUCACUAUCUUCUAGGUAUCUAUCCUAAA